UUAAGAGCCACCAAAUGAAUGGUGGUGUGAAGUAGAAAGUAGAAAGUCAUUCAUUUGCAGCAUUCCCAUGGCCUUAUCCUCACUAUCCCCUCCAUUAACACAUAUUUCUUCAACGAAACUUCAUCUCUCUUUCCCUUGUAUCGUAAAUCCUCAUCCUCAUUCCCAUAAUUAUACCAACCUUUCUCCUCUCAAUAAAAAAUGGCAGACCAACGUUUCUUUCUUCCCUUCUUUCUUCAACAAGAAGACCAAAGACCCUACACCCAUUAAACAAGAGCUUCUUCAAGCCAUUGAACCUCUUGAUCGUGGCGCUGACGCCACUCCUCAAGACCAGCAGAUAAUUGAUCAGGUUUUGCUUCACCUCAUUGCAAUUAUCCAGUUUAGACUUGAAGCUUGCAAUCCAACAAAGGAGCCCCUCAACUCAACUCUGCUUAAUGGAAAAUGGGAACUUAUAUACACUACAUCAAAGUCUAUUUUACAGAUUCAGAGACCCAAGAUUUUGCGAUCUAGAUUGAAUUAUCAAGCAAUAAAUGUAGAUACACUUCGGGCUCAGAAUAUGGAAGGAUGGCCCUUCUUCAACCAGGUUACUGCAGAUUUGACCCCGCUGAAUGCACAAAAGGUGGCAGUAAAGUUUGAUUAUUUCAAAAUUGCUGGACUAAUACCUAUUAAAGCUCCUGGAAGAGCUAAAGGCGAGCUUGAAAUUACUUACUUGGAUGAAGAAUUGAGGGUAUCAAGAGGUGAUCUUGGCAACUUGUUCAUUUUGAAAAUGGUUGACCCUUCUUACAAGGUCCCUACUUGAGAUUGCUACUAUCAACUUUAUAGAGUUACUAAUUAGUGUCACAUCUUAUAUUAUAAUAUUAUAUGCCAAGUCUGUGCAAAGGAUUCACAAGCAUUUUCUCUCUUCAAUUUAACUACUGUACAAAAUUGCAUUAAAAAACUUAAGUAAUUUCAAACUUGUGUAUAUGCAGCUUUAUCAAAAUUUCUUGUCAUAAUCAACAUGACCUAGUGUUGUGUACAACAACAAAACACAUUUUUCUUCUGUUCAUCUA